AUGAGUAGAGUGAGUCUCAAUACUUAACAAAGUAGCGUCUCAAUAUUCUAUGAACAGAUAUGUCAAGAAUAUCAAAGAUAAGAACUUGUUUAAUUAGCAAAUGUUGAAAAGCAUGAUCUGAAAGGAGCGAAACCGAAAGACAUGUCAUCUGCGGUCAACAGUACUGAAAAAAUUAGAACAUGGAACGAGCAUAUGAUGGAAACAGAUUAGCUUGCAUAGUAAUUGGAAACUUGUAUAAAAGCUAAAGAAACUGAUAAAAGUUAUUUCGGUUUAACCUAAACUUAAGCACAAGAUAAAUUAAAGCAACACGGCCCUAAUGCCCUUACAGAAAAGUCGGGUAUGCCUUGGUUCGUCUAGUACUUACUACUUAUGACUGGACUUUUCAACUAUAUGCUCUGGGUUGGUUCUAUUUUGUGUUUCAUCGCCUACGGAGUUCAGGAGGAUAAAAGAGAUAAAUCGAAUAUGUAUCUUGGCAUCGUACUUAUUUGUGUCGUCUUAAUUACUGCCACAAUGUCUUAUUUCUAAGAAUCAAAAGCCGCUGCAAUGAUGGCAUAGUUCAAGAACUUUAUCCCUGCUAGAUCAACAGUCUUUAGAAACGGGUAGAAAAUAGAGGUCAAUGCUUCUGAGUUGGUGCCAGGAGAUAUUGUCGAGAUCUAAAUUGGUGCUAAUGUACCUGCUGAUGUUGUCCUGAUCUAAGCUAAUGAAAUGAAAGUGAACAAUGCCUCACUUACAGGAGAGUCUGAGGACCUGCUAAGAUUGCCAGAUGAGAAAUCUAAAAACAUCUUUGAAAGCCCUAAUGUAGCUUUCUUUGGUACUGCAUGCACAAAUGGAAGUGGAAUUGGCAUAGUUUUUAAAACUGGUGAUUCAACUGUCAUUGGUUAAAUUGCUAACCUCGCACAAACUGCUGAUGCUGGUGAGACACCAAUCUCUAUCGAAAUAGAUAGAUUCAUUAAGAUUAUCGCAUCUAUUGCUAUCUCUAUGGGUCUCAUCUUCUUUGCAAUUAACUUUGCCUUUGGUUAUGACAUCAUCACUAACAUCAUUUUUAUGAUUGGUAUCAUUGUUGCUAAUGUACCUGAAGGUCUUUACAUCACUGUUACCGUGUGCAUGGCUUUAGCUGCUAAAAGAAUGGCUGCAAGAUCUGUUUUAGUCAAGAAUCUUUAAUCAGUUGAGACACUGGGUUCAACCUCUUGUAUUUGCUCAGAUAAAACUGGUACUUUGACUCAAAACAGAAUGACAGUCUCCCAUCUUUAUUAUAAUGCCUAAAUUCACGAGGCCUCAAUAAACUAUGAAAAAUUCAGAAAAAAUCCAGAUCUCAAAUUAGAUUAUGAUAUUAAGGACCCUGCCUUUAAGAGUUUACUAGACUGUAUGAUACUUGGUUCCAAGGCUGCUUUUGCUUUCAACCCCACAAAUGAGGAGCUAAAGGCUCAUAUUGCCAAAAAGAAGGGAUAAAAGGUUAGAGACUAUGCUAGAUUUAACAUUACUGAAGAAGAAAAGGAAUAAGCUAAGCAAGACCUGCUACAAGCCGAACUUAGCCUACCAGUUGAAAAGAGAAAUGUUACUGGCGAUGCCUCAGAGACUGGAAUCAUUAAAUUCGCUCAAGGAAUUAAGGAUAUUGAAACUGAAAGACAAACUUAUCCAGUUUAUUCUUAUGAACAAGAUGGAAAUAUCGUUGAUGCAUUGAUCCCUUUCAACUCUGAAAUCAAGUUUAACAUGUUUAUCAGAGAUAUGAACACUGAUCAGACUCGACCAAAAUCAAAAGAAGAUAACCUAUGCAUAUUCCUUAAGGGAGCUCCUGAAAGAAUUCUCAACAGAUGCAAUAAGAUCCUAAUUAAUGGUGAGGAAAGAAGUUUUGAUGAGUAUGCUGAUCAUGUCAAGUUUGCCAAUGAUUCUUUUGGUAAAAUGGGUGAGAGAGUGUUGGCCUUUGCCAAAUUGGAAUUAGAUCCAUCAAUCUAUAAAAAGGAUCCAAAGUAUCAAUUCGAUAUUAAAAACUGGAAGAAAUGGCAAUAAGUUAAGGAUAGAGAUCCAUUCAUUUAAGGCUGGUUCCCUAUGUUCAAUUUGACUCUUGUAGGUAUAGUUUCUUUGAAUGAUCCUCCCAGACCUAGAGUUGAUAUGUCUGUCCUAAAGUGCAGAUAAGCAGGUAUUAAAGUUAUUAUGGUGACAGGAGAUCAGCCACCAACAGCUGCUGCUAUCGCACAUAAAGUUAACAUUAUUACUGAUCCAACUUUGGAAUAUAACUAUCUAAGACAAGAGAAGGGUCUUUCACAUGACUAAGCUAUGGAUCAAUCAAAGGCUAUUGUCAUCCACGGAGAUUUACUUGCUGAAAAACACGCUGAGGAAGAGGGUUUAGAUGAUCUCGACCCCGAAAAAGGUAGAUUCUUGAUUGAAUGGAUUAGUAAGCCAGAAGUUGUAUUUGCUAGAACAACUCCCUCUUAAAAGCUAUUGAUUGUAGAUGCUUGUUAAAGAGCUGGUCACAUUGUUGCUGUCACUGGUGAUGGUGUAAAUGACUCGCCCGCUAUUAAAAAAGCUGACAUUGGAGUUGCUAUGGGAAGUGGAAGUGAUGUUGCUAAGAAUGCAGCAGAUAUUAUCUUGUUGAAUGAUGACUUCAGUUCGAUUGUUAUGGGAGUUGAACAAGGUAGAUUAAUGUUCGACAAUCUCAAGAAAUCUAUCUCUUAUGCCCUUUCAGCUAACAUUCCAGAGAUAUUCCCAGUCCUUUGUAAUAUUGUUAUUCAAGUUCCACCUCCUCUUUCAUCUAUUCUCAUGAUCGUUAUAUGCCUUGGUACUGAUAUGUACCCAGCCAUUGCCCUCGCUUAUGAGAAUGCUGAGUUGGAUAUUAUGGAAAGACUUCCAAGAAAUUCAAAGAGAGAUAGACUAGUACCGAUGAAAUUGAUGAGCUUUUCCUACGUUCAGACUGGUAUUGUCUAAGCCUUCUCUGGCAUGUUUACAUAUUUCUAUAUUCUGAAUGAUUUCGGCUUCAAAUUAAAUACACUCUUAUUCCUUAACUUAGCCGAGGGGUAUGAGCCUAAUCCAACUGAUCUAUAUGAUCCCAACCUUCCAAACUUUGGUAACACUAAUUAUGGAAAUGGCGACUAUGCCAGGAGUAUCGCUUGGGGAUAAAAUGAUGAUGCUCAAAUUGAUGUUCGUCUAUUCUUUGUAUUCCACAACAAAGAUAGCUGGGGUAGAUGCAGAUGGAAUCCAAAUGAUGAAAGUGUACCAAGAUUCUGGAGAUACUCUAAUGUCACUGAGAAAUAACUUUGCUACACUCCAGAAGCUGUGAUCUACGUAUCAUCAGCCUAUUUCGUAGCAAUUGUAAUCACUCAGAUCGCCAAUAACAUGAUUAGCAAAACUAGAACAUUAUCAUUGUCACAGUAAUAACUUGUAAACUCUGUCCAGUGGCAAGGUAUAAUAUUCGAAGUCGGCAUUGCACUUCUUAUCUGCUAUGCUAAACCCUUUGAAAUCGGACUUGGAGGCAGAUAACUUGCAUCACCUCACUUUGGAAUUCCAGCAAUGAGUUUCUUCAUGGUUAUCGUAUUCUAUGAUGAAGUAAGAAAAAUCCUUGUGAGAAAGGGCACUGACACUUCUGUCAAGGGUAAAAUCAAACUUACUGGAUGGAUGGCAAGAAACACCCUUUACUGA